AUGCUCAGAUAUAUCAAGUUUAACAAGUCUAACCUUUCAAAAGUCUCUCUUGCUAAAACAUUAAUCUCAAGAUCUAACAUCACUACAAUGGUUGCACCAAAAGAAUCUCCAGAAAAGGCUAAAAUUAUCAAGACUGAACCAUUGGCUUCCGAAGACGCCAAGUGGACAAAGCUUGAAAGAAUCACAUAUGCUGAUCCAACUGGAAAAGAACGUUUAUGGGAAAGUGCUUCAAGAUCAACUAGACCUCAAUGUUCUGAAGUUGAUGCAGUUGCAAUUAUUGCAAUUCUUGAAAAACCAGAAGGUCCAGAAAUUGUUUUACAAAGACAAUUUAGACCUCCAACUGGUGGUGUUUGUAUUGAAGUUCCAGCUGGCUUAGUGGAUCCAAAUGAAUCAAUUGAAACUACUGCCUUACGUGAAUUGAAGGAAGAAACAGGUUACAUUGGUAAAGUCAUCUCUAGAUCUCCUGUUAUUUUCAAUGAUCCAGGUUUCUGCUCAACUAAUCUAUCAUUAGUUACAACCUCUGUUGAUUUGAAUGACGAAAGAAAUAAAAAUCCACAACCUGAAUUAGAAGAUGGUGAAUUUAUUGAGACAUUUUCUGUACCAAUUAAAAAUUUUGAUGAACAAUUAAAAAAACUUCAUGAUCAAGGUUAUAAAAUAGAUUCAAGAGUUCAAAAUAUUGCUGAAGGUAUCAAAAUUGCUCAGCAAUUUAGACUAUGA